AUGAAUGUCGCAUCCACAUUCACAAACCAAGAUUCAGCCAUUGACCAAUUUCUUCUCUUCAUCAAGGUCGUUGCACUCUUCAACGCAGACCAACAUGAGGAAGCGGUACCGCUUAUCAAAGUUCUGGUUACCGCUUGUCCAAAUGUUGAUUCUCUCGUGCAUCCUGUCAUGGAAGCUGCAGGAAGCGUCUCUUACUACGUCAUCGACAUCGCGAGUUUGACGCUUACAAUCAGUCGUUCGUUCCGGGUUGGAGCGAGCUCGCAACGACUCGGAAAAUCCGCCGAUUUCAUAGCAGACACGUUGGUUAUAUUAUGGGUGUACCUCCUUGUGCGUGAGGUCCUGACGACUGUGAAGGCCUUACUUCACCUGCUCCGAGUCGAACAUCCCGACGACACGGAUGAAAACGCCCCACUAUACCCGCUCUAUAUGACGGUGCUUGAGAUUUAUGUUCCGUCCGACAAGGUCCCAACUAUUCACGCUGUUGUAACGCAGCGAAAGUUACAACCUGCAGCUCUCGAUGACCACAUCGACCUUCUUAACCGUGCAUUGGAAAAAUUACAAGGUAUCCAAGCUAGAUUGAAGGAGAAACGGGCCAUCGUGCAAGAGUCGCUGGAAUUCCACGAAGCCCUGGCAUCUCCAGCAUGCUGUUCGCUAACAUCAGAGCCACUUGGAUAG